CGAAGUUUGAAUCGAAAAACCUUUUUGUCUUCAUUAUUUCUUCUCUCAGAAAUUUACGGCGAGCCUUCAGUCGCUCUUUCAUCAGCCAAUUAAUUCCCCGAAUCUUCUCCGAUAACUUCGUGUUAUAUCUCGCUCACAAAUUUUGUUUUGCUACUCGUGAAUUAGCGGUAGGGUUUCUUUUGUCUUCUCCUCGACGAGUUUUCCCAUUGAUUGGUUCAUUUGGAUCUGAAGAGAUAUCAUUGUUCAUCGAUCUCAAAAGGGUACUUGUUCGUUUGGUCGAUAGAUCGGUUUUGCUCGUGGGUUCGGCUUCUGAGAGCACUGGAAUUAGUAUCUGGAUCUGUCUAAUUGAAGAUUAGUUUUUUUGCGAUUGGACUAUCGGUAUGAUUUGAUCUUUGGUUGGGGUUGAUCAUCGUAGCGUGUGUCAUUGAGGCUGUUAAUGAAUAUUGCUUUAAGAGAAGAGGAGAAUCUGCUUCCAAGCUUUCCGAGUUUUCUGGAAUAUCUUAGGUUCACAAGUUUGAGUUCCGAGAAGAUAUCUGCCUCGACCAUAAACCCUAGAUUUAGAUGGGAUAAGGCGUUUUGUAAGCUUAAGGGAGAGAAUAUACCAAAUUUGACUUAAGUUUCAUUUUCCAUCAAAAACUGGGUUGAGAAUUCGAGAUGGGUUCGUCACAAGGCUCCACACUCUCGGCUGAUGUGAUGGACCUUGUUGAUACAUUGCCUGUUCUUGCUAAAACGCUUAUCGCUGGAGGAGCUGCUGGGGCAUUUGCUAAGACUGCUGUUGCACCCUUGGAAAGGAUCAAAAUUCUAUUGCAGACAAGAACAAACGACUUUAGGACCCUUGGUGUGUCCCAGUCACUGAAGAAGGUGUUACAAUGCGACGGUCCUCUCGGAUUCUAUAAAGGAAACGGGGCUAGUGUUAUUCGGAUUAUCCCAUAUGCCGCCCUUCAUUACAUGACAUAUGAAGUGUAUCGUGACUGGAUUUUGGAGAAAAAUCUUCCCUUAGGUUCAGGUCCCAUUGUUGAUCUUGUGGCUGGUUCAGCUGCAGGCGGAACAGCAGUUUUGUGCACAUAUCCCCUUGAUUUAGCUCGUACUAAGCUAGCUUACCAGGUUUCUGACACAACACAGAGUCUCCGAGGUGGGAAUGGAUUUUACCGUCAACCUACAUAUUCAGGCAUCAAAGAGGUGCUUACAAUGGCUUAUAAAGAAGGGGGUCCACGUGGGCUAUACCGAGGCAUAGGGCCAACGCUGAUCGGCAUCCUUCCUUACGCGGGCCUUAAGUUCUACAUAUAUGAGGAAUUGAAAAGACAUGUUCCUGAAGAGCAUCAAAAUUCUGUUCGAAUGCAUCUACCUUGUGGAGCUUUAGCUGGUUUAUUUGGCCAGACCCUUACUUACCCGUUGGACGUUGUAAGAAGACAAAUGCAGGUGGAGAAUCUGCAGCCUAUGACUAGUGAUGGCAACAACAAACGUUACAAGAACACAUUUGAUGGGCUUAACACGAUUGUUCGGACUCAGGGUUGGAGACAGUUAUUUGCUGGUUUAAGUAUCAACUACAUUAAGAUUGUUCCGUCGGUUGCCAUUGGAUUCACGGUGUAUGAGUCAAUGAAGUCGUGGUUGCGGAUUCCACCACGGGAGAGAUCAAAACCAGCAUAAGGGUUUUGUUCAUUUGAUCCUCUUAGAGCAGACACAGAAGAAGACAAAAUUUCUUAGACAGUUUUUUUUUUCUCUUACUUUCUCAGGCGAAUUUGCCCCCUAUUUUUCCUUCAUUGUGAUAAUAUUCUUUUGAUAAAUUAAGCAAAAAAGGUUAUAUACAUCUGUUAUCAAAUACACAAAUGAUAAUCUGCUCCCUAU